AUGGGUGAAACAAGCGAAUCCGGCCAAAAAACAAAAUUUGAGCAUUUGGUUGUCGACACGUCGGUAUUCAUCAAGAAUGUCCAGGUGCAAAACAUCGCCGAAAACUGCUACACGGUGGAAGGCGUGAUACGCGAAAUCAAGCAUGACAGACAGUUGAAGGCACUAGCGGUGCUACCCUACAACCUUAAGGUGCUGGUGCCCGAUCCGGACGCGCUGGCAAAAGUUUGCGCGUUCACAAAGAAAACCGGAGACUUUGCCACGCUGUCACUCGUCGAUUUGGAAGUGAUCGCGCUGACAUACGAACUAGAGGCCAGACACGUUGGAGUGGAGCAUCUGCAAAAGGAACCAAAGCUGGCCAUCACGCUAAUCCAGCCGAACGACACGCUCUCCCUGCUGAGUAAGGUAGAAACGGCGGGGUUCUACAAAUCGAAGCAGGCGAGCCCAGAGCAACUCAACAACGAACCGUCUCAAGAAGAUUCGUCCAAUGAAGAGGACGAUAGUGGCGAUGGCAAAAAUGAGUACAGUGAGGAUGACGACGAAGGCUGGAUUACGCCAGCCAACAUUGUGCAGGCAAAGCGUGGUUGUGGCAUGAACUACCUGGAGGAGAUGCCGUCGUCCGUCGCUUGCAUAACGUCAGACUACGCCAUACAGAACGUGCUGAAGCAGCUAGGGCUAAAGCUAGCGACGGUGGAUGGCCAGGUCAUCACCCAGACACGCACCUACAUCCUGCGCUGCUACGCGUGCUUCAAGACGACGCCGGACGCCACGAAGGUGUUCUGUCCGCGUUGCGGCAACCAGACGCUGAAGAAGGUCGCCGUUAGCCUGGACACGAACGGUCAGCAGGUCAUACACAUCAACAACCGCCGGCCGCUGACGGCAAAGAACAAGAAUCGACCGGUGGCCAAGUUCGCCGGCGGCAAGUACGCCACCAACCCACUGCUGUACGAGGACCAACCGCUUCCGCAGCAGCGUAUCUCAGCCAAGGCACGCAGCAAGACGGAUACACUGGCCGAAGACUACACCGCCGGGUUCUCGCCGUUCGUGAUGCGCGACGUGAACUCACGCUCGGCGGUGCUGCGCGGUUCCACCAACCUCAAGCAGCGGAUUGGAAACCUCGAAUAUGAUAACAAACGGCGCGGCUAUAAGAAGUGAACGCUGCUAACUGGCGUAUGCUUUCAAUUUUAAAUUAAAUUUUCUUUAAACCUGGCUCUGUCUAGGUCGAAUUUCCCUUCAGUUUUCACGAUAUAAUAAAUUUAUG